AUGACGAACGCCGAAGCCCGCAGACAAGAACUCCCCGCACCGCCCGAAGCCGCCACCGCACAACCAACCCGGCCCAGAGCCAAGGCCAGCACCGGGCCACCCAGCGCCAAGACGGAGAUGCCGCCAACGCCAACAGCGGCCGCGGCCCGCAAAGCCCGACAGGCCCAGAUCGGGGCCCACCCAACGCCGCAGCCUCCCGAAGCAGCAUCGCCACCAUGGCCAGCAACAGGCUCCUCUGCUGCGGCCUCCUCCGCCUUGGCCACCACCGCCGCAGCCUCCACCGUCGCAGCCUCCCGCUGCAGCCCGUCGCUGCGGCCAAACCGCAGAUCCGCCGCCGCGGCUCGAGCACGCGCCGCGACGCCUCGAGCACCACCGCCGCAGCCCCACCGCCGCAGCCUCCCGCCGCAACCCGUCGCCGUGGUCACCUCGGACCCGCCGCCGCGGGCUCGAGCGCGCGCCACGACGCCUUCGCCGCCGCAACAUCGCCAGGCCCCGCCACGCCUGCGCCACCGCACCAACGCCGCUCCCCGCCCGCGUGCCCUCCGCCACGCGCAGCCGCCGGCCCCGGCGCCCGCCGCCCCGCCCCGCGCCCGACGAGCUCCCUCUCGCCAGGGGACGCGGGGGAGAGAAAAGCGCCCCGCCGCCACCUUCCCCGGGGGGCGCACGGCUUUGCCGGCCCCCCCUCCGGUGGCGGCGAAGCAAGGAGAGGAGGUGGAUGGGUCUUCUGGCGGCGGCGGCUAG